AUGUCUUCCAACGGCCAGUCCUUCCUCUUAGACCCCGAGAAAAAAGCCGGCCUGACCCGAUACUCCCACGCACGGGUAGUCCAGCCCUCCAUUCACCAUACAAUUUAUUUUCUGGAAUCGCCGCCGUCAAACCAGAUGGAACAUAUGAAGGGGUUGUCGAGAAUCCUGAUGGAAGCUUCACAGCCGACCAUUAUUCAAGGUGCAUCCAAUGGGAAAGCGAAUAUCUAUAAUAUUGUCGAUGCGACAGUUUAUAUUUUGGAUAUGAAAACUCAGUAUGCUGGGAUGAAUGAGGAGUGGAAUCAAAUCUGGGCGGAUCGGACGACUGCUCCCAGCCGGGCAACGAUCGGGGUCAAGGAGCUUCCGGAUCCUCACUUUAUGGUGAAGAUCAAGGCUACAGCUAUUUUUGAGGCUUAA